GCGCGGGGCGCCACCGCCGACGCCGCUCCUCCGCUGGGGUCAGUCUCCUGGGCUGCGCCCGGGUCGGCGGCCGCGGCGGCUGAGCAGCGGGAGCCGGGAGCCGAGAGCCGCGCUCCGCCGAGAGUUGGGCAGGACAGAGCCCGCGCCUUCGCGGCGUCAUGGGCCCCGUCCUCGGGCCACAGAGGGCACCAGCCGCAGGAACCCCCGGGCCUCCUCGCGGCCGAGCCUGAGCGACCCCCGGGUUCUCCGGCGUCCCCUCCCUCCGCCUUAUUUUUUUCCCUGCUCUCGCUGCUGUUGCCGCUUCAGCUCUCCGUAAUGGCAACGGAGCCGCCAUCCCCUCUCCGGCUCGAGGCGCCCGGCCCCCCAGAAAUGCGGACCCCACCGGCGGGCGAGACAGUCCGUGAGGGCACCCCGAAGUCGGCGGGCGGCAGGCUCCGCUUCCUCAACGGCUGCGUGCCCCUCUCGCAUCAGGUGGCCGGGCACAUGUACGGGAAGGACAAAGUGGGUAUACUGCAACAUCCAGAUGGCACAGUUUUGAAACAGUUGCAGCCACCUCCAAGGGGUCCAAGAGAGCUGGAAUUCUAUAAUAUGGUAAGUGAGGUUUAUGCUGCUGAUUGUACUGAUGGUGUUCUUUUAGAGCUACGAAAAUAUUUGCCAAAAUAUUACGGUAUCUGGUCACCUCCCACUGCACCAAAUGAUUUAUACCUAAAACUGGAAGAUGUGACCCAUAAAUUUAAUAAGCCCUGUAUAAUGGAUGUAAAGAUAGGGCGGAAAAGCUAUGAUCCUUUUGCUUCAUCUGAGAAGAUUCAGCAACAGGUCAGCAAGUACCCAUUAAUGGAAGAGAUUGGGUUCUUGGUGCUUGGCAUGAGGGUUUAUCAUGUUCAUUCUGAUAGCUAUGAGACACAAAACCAACACUAUGGAAGAAGCUUAACAAGAGAAACUCUAAAGGAUGGAGUCUCCCGUUUUUUUCAUAAUGGAUUCUGCUUAAGAAAAGAUGCUAUUGCUGCCAGUAUUCAGAAGAUUGAGAAUAUUCUGCAGUGGUUUGAAAGCCAGAAGCAGCUGAACUUUUAUGCAAGUUCAUUACUGUUUGUUUAUGAAGGUUCAUCUCAGCCAACUACUGCAAAAUUGAAUGACAGAACUUUAGCAGAAAAGUUUUUGUCCAAAGGACAGCUCUCAGACACAGAUGUACUAGAGUACAAUAAUAACUUUCAUAUGUUAAGUUCCACAGCGAAUGGAAAAAUAGAGGCUUCAGUGGGCAAAAGCUUGUCCAAAAUGUAUGCUCGUCACAGAAAAAUGUAUUCAAAAAAGCAUCACAGUCAGACUUCGUUGAAAGUUGAAAAUAUAGAGCAAGACAAUGGGUGGAAAAGCAUGUCACAGGAACAUUUAAAUGGAAACGUACUUUCCCAACUGGAAAAAGUCUUCUACCAUCUUCCCACUGGUUGUCAAGAGAUUGCGGAAGUAGAAGUGCGAAUGAUAGACUUUGCUCAUGUGUUCCCUAGCAACACAGUAGAUGAGGGAUAUGUUUAUGGGCUGAAGCAUUUAAUUACUGUACUGCAGAGUAUUUUAGACAAUUGAAUCCUUUGCUGCAGUCUUUUAAAGGGGUGGGGCAAUCAUAAUGAAGAGCAGCAGUUAAUAACUCUGCACUUGUAAUGCUGUGUAAAAAAUUUGUAUUGUGAGUCUACAUUUUAUUUGUCUUUAUACUUUUGGUAGAAGGGUUAACUUUUUUAUAAUCUUACUCAGGAAAACUAAUUAUUUGUUCUUUAGAAAACUAUAAAGAAUAAAGAAACUUAGGAAUGUUAAGCAGGGAAUGUGGUGGUACGUGGCUUAAACAUCUACUUGGCUUAAGCAAAAUGUAAACCAUUAUUCAGUCAUUACGAAUUUAGUUAGCUUUCUGUAGCCAAUUUAUUGUGAAAUCUCUGUCCACCCACCCUUGACAAUGAGCCAUAUCUAAACUCAUUACAUUAUUAGAACACUUUCAAAAAUCUAGAAAGCACAGGUUGAUAUCCUUAGUAUUGCUAUGUAUGAAGUUAUUAAAACUGGAGAAAAUUCUACAGAAAUAAGUACUGUUUAGGUUCUAUAUUAAAAGUUCAGACCAGCAUAUCAAAAGGUGCUUCUUAGAAGUAAAGUGAUUUAGAAUUAUUGUAUUCCAAAAGCAGAUUUUCACUUCAAUUUCCAUUUAUAUACAUAUUUCAAAAUACUUCUUGAAAAAGGUCAUUGAAAUGGACAAAAACAACAACAAAAGUCUUGACAUUAAGGGCACUAAUAAUUAGUCUUGCCAAGGUUAGGGAAGAGAGAAGUUAUUUGCAAGGAACAAAAUUUUUCUUUUAAAAUCUUUAUGGGAAAAUUGGAAUUUUACUACAUUGUGACAAGUAUUAUAAACCAUAUAAUACCUUUUACUGCAGCUUCAAAAAGGUGGAUGAUUGAAGCUCUUAUUUCUCCUUUAAAUAACUUUUGAGAGUGUUUUUAUUUUACAAUUCAUGUAUCUACAUGUCCCCAUUUAGUUAAGCAGUGGCAUGAAUAUAUGUUACUAAAAAGUGUUUCUCAGAAUUCUAAUAAGCAGUGAAGGACAACAUCCAGUAUUGUGAGUGUUAUCAAAAAUACUGUGUGUACAUGCCGCAGAGCAGCUGGGCCUGUGAGCCAUGGCCUCUGAGCCUGCAUGUCCAAAGCCUGUGCUCUGCAACGGGAGAGGCCACAACAGUGAGAGGCCCACGUACCACAAAACAAAACAAA